CGCGCACAAGAAACGUAAACUCGUCCAUACCUUAAUUAAUUAUUAUCCAAGCGCAAACAUGAAACAUCCCUCCCGCAUUAAAUUGGCAUCUCCUAAUAAAUCUCACGGACUUCCAUAUCUACUCCCGGUUUCUGCUGGAUUCCUUCCUUUUUCUCAUCGCCUCGCCUGCCUCUUGGCCUUCCCCAUCCCCAUCUCUCAUCAGCCGCAAACUGCUGCAAACCCCACUAGCGCUCGCCCCCACCGUAAUCUCGCGCGAUUCUCGGAGGAGGAGAUGGGCGAGUACUGCGGCGCUGCUCCGGAGGAGGACCCUGCCAUGGCCCUCGUCACGCCGCUCCCCACCACCACCACCACCACCACCACGGCGGCGGCGGCGGCCAUCAAGCAACCCCACUACUACGGCUGCUUCGACCGCUGCUCCACCAAGCAGGUCUUCGACAACCUCCACGGCAACAUCUCGCUCGACCCGUUGGCUCGUGAGUUUGUGGAUACGGAGGAGUUUCAGAGGCUGCGGGAUCUAAAACAACUUGGCCUUACAUAUCUGGUCUACCCAGGAGCCGUUCACACACGUUUUGAGCAUUCAUUAGGUGUCUAUUGGCUAGCUGGGGAGGCUAUGAACAAUCUUCGACUGUACCAGGGAGAAGAGCUUGGCAUUGACCGUGUUGAUAUGCAAACUGUAAAACUUGCAGGCCUUUUGCAUGACAUUGGACAUGGCCCCUUCAGUCAUUUGUUUGAACAUGAGUUUCUUCCUCGUGUUGUUCCUGGAUCAACCUGGACCCAUGAAAAUAUGUCUGCACUGUUGCUGGACAGCAUUGUCGACAAACACCAAAUAGACAUUGAAGCUGAUCAUCUCAAAAUUGUUAUGGAAAUGAUUGUUGCCAGCUCUAAGUUCACUGCAACAGAAAGCACAAAGGAGAAGCGCUUUCUUUAUGACAUUGUUGCUAAUGGUCGGAAUGGUAUCGAUGUUGACAAGUUUGACUACAUUGGCCGUGAUUGCAGAGCAUGUGGUCUGGGUUGUAAUUUCCAGUACUGGAGGCUCUUACAAGGCAUGCGAGUCAUGGGUGAUGAAAUAUGCUACCCUGCCAAAGAUUAUUUGAGCAUCCAUAAAUUGUUUACGACACGUGCUGAUCUUCACCGCACUGUCUAUACACAUGCGAAAGUCAAGGCUGUUGAACUGAUGCUUGUGGAUGCACUUGUUGAGGCUAACGAAUACUUGGGAAUAGCUUUGCAUGCACAAGAUCCAGCGGACUUCUGGAAGUUAGAUGACACGAUCAUUAAAAGCAUUGAAACUGCUCCCAACGAUGAACUGAACAAAGCAAAAGGGAUCAUUCAACGUAUUCGCCGAAGAGAGCUCUAUAAGUUCUGCAAUGAAUAUUCUGUUCCAAAGGACAAGCUGGAGCACUUUAAGAAUAUAACCGCACAAGACAUAGUUUGUUCACAGAAAUCUUCCAAGGUGCUGCUGAAGGAAGAAGAUGUUGCUGUUAGCAAUGUUAAGAUUGAUUUGACCCGUGGAAAAGAUAAUCCCCUUGAAAGGUUUUUGAUUUAUAAACCCACUUUUCAGACUCUUAUAUUUCUUAGGGCGACAUAUCAGAUUCUGACCUGUUACUUUUGUUGGUCUGCAUAUCUACUAUCCCCAGCAUCAAGUUCUUUAAGGAUUUUGGUUGCGAUGAGAAGUUCCCCAUCACAGAUGAGCGGGUCAGCCACCUGCUACCUGCGUACAACCAGGACAGAAUUGUCCGGGUCUACGCCAAGAAGCACGAGCUGGUUGAAGCGGUGUCAGAAGCCUUCGAGAACCUACAACUGAGGAUGUAUGGUGAGAAGACACAAGUUCAUGACACUCCCAGGAAGAAGCGCAUUAGAUUCCACUAAUCUUCAGCAACUCCUUGUUGCCAAGUACUGUCAUCAGUGUUAGUUAGUAGUAGCUCGUAGCAUACUAGUACGACAAAGGAGAAAGGAUCAUAGGUAGACAUACGGAAGGAAGGAAGGAACCUUUUAUUACUGAGCGGGAGCAUCCAAUACUACUAAUUACGGGUUUUGUUUUUGCUGGUAAUCUGCACGCAUAAGUAACGCGCAGAUUAGUUGUACAGGUGAUAGGCCACAGAAAAUGUCUUGGGCAGUGGUGGUGUCACAUGACGGCUGGCUACCAUAGCAGAUAGUAGUAGCUGAUACGCCAGUAUCGUGAUCUUCUGAUUUUUUUUUUACUCUGAGCCUGGGCUGUCUGGGACUGAUGGCGUUGCUCCUGCUUUGCUAGUGAAUGGAUAUAUAAUUAUAUUAUAUAUAUAUAUAUAUUGGCAAACAACGUUUGUUAUGCUUA